CGGUGCCGCCGCCGCGCGCCGGAGAGCCCACACGCGACAAGCGACCGGCAAUCAUCACCGUCGUGGACAAGAUGGUGCAGGGCCGCGAGCGCAAGCAUCUGGUGCGUGUGCGCUACGAGGGCCGGCUGCGCUGGUUCCAGUGUCUGUUCUGCGCCAAGGAGUUCCGCAAGCCGUACGACUUGGUGCGCCACCUGCGCAUCCACACCAAGGACAAGCCGUUCCGGUGUCCGCAGUGCUUCCGCCAGUUCACUGUCCGCUCCGGUCUGGAGUCGCACCUGCGUGCCCACCGCGGAAUCAAGCUGGCCAGCUGCCCCAUCUGCCACAAAAAGUUCUCCACCGCCGGCGUGCUCAAGGUCCACCUGAGGCUGCACACGGGCGCCAAGCCGUACCACUGCCAGUACUGUGAGAAGCAGUGCCGCACGCUGGGCCAGAUUCAGGCGCACGAGGCGGCCCACCGACGGACCCGCACCGACGCUACACGUGACGACGGUGACGACGCUGACGAGAGGAAGAGGGCGUCGCCGGACAGUGGGCCGGAGGUGCGACUACAGCCGCCCAUCCUCAUCACCAGCAGCGGUAUGGUGCAGGUGGACCGUCCGCGACGUAUUGAGAUCCCCGAGGGCGACGAGGCGCCGGACCGGCCGCACCGCUGCACCCAGUGUCGCGCCGCCUUCAAGAAGGUCUCCCACCUGAAGCAGCACAUGCGCUGGCACACGGGCGAGAAACCGCACCACUGCCCCAUGUGCAACAAGAGCUUCAUGACGUCCAGCGUGCUGGCCACACAUUUGCGGACGCAUACUGGCGCGCGCCUCUUCAAGUGCCCCAUCUGCUCGCACGCCUUCACCACCAAGAGCAGCAUGACCCGACACAUGACCACCCACCCAGGUCUUGAAGACUAG